ACGACGUCUGCUAACAAUAAAAUAAAAACAGCAGAUGGCAGGAUGGCAAUGAAAAUGAAAUCUCUCUUUUUAGCGCUGGCUAGCUGGUGAAAAGUGAAGCUGCUGCUACCUGAGUAGGCGUGAUAGUUGUCACCAUGUUAAUCUGCUGGUGGUUUACUCUGUUUGUCGUUGUGUUUGGGGGAAAUUGGAUGUCUGUAUGUUGCAAGAAAAAGAAAGAACUUAUUCAGAAAUCUUCUCUACAACUUCUGGAGAAAGAAUCCAAGACUGUUGACGUAAACAGUUGCAAAAGUACACAUGCGGAUUCCAUCACGAAACAGAGGAUCAACGACGUGGUAGACAAGAGGAGAGCCUGUCUGAUCAAAUCUCUCAACUCAAACCCUGAUAAUGGCUGGGCAUGGUCUGAACUGGGCACUCUCUAUACCCCAAAGAAGGAGAACACAAGGGCAAGCACUUGCUUCAAGCAAGCGGCCAAGCUGACAGGGAAAGUUUCAUCAUUCAUAGACACCUGGCAUUACAUAGGUCCGUUUGUAAUUGGCAAGAUAGAGGUAGAUGGAGACCCAAUUGAGGCUUAUGGAGGUAUCACUGUCGCAGCCAGACAGAGAUUUAACAAAAAAGCCAGAUACUUCUCAGAGUUAGUUCCUGGAGGUGAAACAAGCUGGAAGACGUAUCGGCAAAAGAAUGCUGAUGAUUUCUUGCGAAUUACUCCAGAUGUCAAUCUCAAUGAUCUAGUGACAUCUCUGGGUUCCUUGGCUAUAACAGAAUGGCAGGGCUGGGUUGUUGGAGAGUUUGCAGUCAAUUCUAAAGAUGAAGACAUCCUUGUGCAGUGUCUUGGUGUGCAUACUAUCUUUAUCGAUGAUGUGGCUAUUGUGACAGAUGUAUACAGGAGAGACCAAUUCUGGUGGAGUGUUUCACUAGCUCCAGGAAUCCAUACACUUUACAUCAGACUCAGAGCAAAACAAACACAGGUUUUUAAAUGCAGCUUCAAAUUAGCUGGUGCAAACAAGUUUGAAGUCCACAGUCCCGCAAUGUUACCAGACCUUGUUGAUGGAAACGUAUUUGGCAACGUCAUUUCAAUACCUGUCACUAAUUUACAAUCUACAAAAUGGCUAAGAAAUAUCAGGGUCACCAUGAUUAGUCAGAAGCAAAGUCAACCUGCUAUAGAGCUGAUACAUAAAGAGUCUGGGUUUCAAACGAACAUAGCUCCCGGCCAAACACUACCUGUCGUAAUAGGCUUCAAGCAUCGUGAAGAUUAUAAAGUGAAAGACUGCAAAGAGACAGUGUUACCUUUGGAGGUAUCUUCAGCAGGGAGUGGUUCUCAACCGAUUAGCGUAACUCUGAGAUGUCGGAAGGCAGCUGAGUCAUUCAUUUUCACAUUCAUUGACCAUGAUGGAUCGAUACAACAUGCGGCCGCAAUCCUUCCUUUGAUGGACUGUCCUGGUGCGAUGUGCCCGGUUUUGCUUACUCUCCAUGGGACAGGGGUUGGAGCUCAAAAUCAAGCCGACAGUUAUAAACAGAUGCAAGAUGGCAACUGGAUCUUUGGACUUGAGAAUGCAUGGGUCUUGGCUCCAACACGACAUGGUGCUCACAAUUGGGAAGGGCCAGGGGCUCUUACUGCGAUGACUUCAUUGCAAACUCUUCAGCAAAUGACCAGGGAUGCACCAUGGAUCCCAAACAAAGCAGAUGCGUACAGCGUCCUCUUUGCAGGUCAUUCUAUGGGAGGUCAUGGAGCAUGGCAUUUAGCCACCCACUACCCUGACCGGGCCCUUGCUGUGAUCUCAUUGGCUGGAUGGAUUAAGAAGGAAGAAUAUGGGGACAGCAAUGUAUUUUUCCGACAUGACUUGAGUACCAGCCAUACUGACCCUGCAGUCAAAGCAAUCUUGGAGGCUUGUAUUGCAGAAAAUGAUGCUGAUAGACACGUCUCUAAUCUAAAGGGUAUUCCAGUUUUAGCAAGAGUGGGCGCCAAUGACAGAACAGUUCAUCCGUAUUUCGUAAGGCGUAUGGUUCGUCUCUUGAAAGAAACAAAAGGGAAUGUUACGUACAGUGAGCUGCCAGGCAAAGAGCAUUGGUGGUGGGAUACUUGGAAGACAAAUGAUGGAGGUGCUGUCAAUGAUCCCCAGGUCAAUAAUUUUACCAAAAAGGCCGCAAAACGAUUUGAAAAUCGUAGUCCUCCAUUCACUGGGAACUCUGAGACCUGUGACGGUACCUCUUGCCCGACUAGGAACCGAUACAGUCAGUACAGUAUGGAUACAUCAAACGAGGACUUCACUCUCAGUGUGGUCAAUCCAGCAUCCAGCGAGGGGCUGUUUGGGGUACAAGUUUUGCGGCAGCGGGUUCCUUUCAGAUUAAGCACGAUUCGGAUAACAUUGAGAGGCGAGCGUGCCAGCCUAACGACGAGCAAUGUUGAGGCCUUCAAGAUUUCACAAGGAAGCAACCUCUCCCGCCAUUGCAGAGCAGAGACCAUUCAGGUAGAUGACCAACAAUUGGUUCUUGAAUCAGAAGACCCCAAUGAAGACAUUGCAGUGUGUCGCAAUGACCGGGGGUUGUGGCUUGAAUGUGAUCCCGCAGCAGAUAGACAGAGAAGAGUGCUCUCCAAUCUCGGCCCGGCACGAAGAAUCGCUGAGGAUAAAUUUCUCGUUGUAACGGGUACACUGGAUAGAACCAGAAGCGUUGAUCUUCGACAACAGGCAGUAUACGUCGCCAAUCUCUUCUAUAUCACUUCAGAUGCCAUUGCUUCAGUGGUUGAAGACAAACAGCUUAGCGAGGAGGCAUCCAAAAAUUAUAACUUAAUCCUUAUUGGAGGACCUAAGGAGAAUUCAUGGUCGAAUCACUUCCUAGAUAAAGUUCCACUGAGAACGACCGAACGAGGGAUAGAGCUCGGAAAAUGUGUCUUCCAAGCUGAGAGAACCGGAGCGCUCUUCCUGGCCCCUCAUCAGUCCAACAAACUUGCCUUAGUGCUGCUUGGAGCUUCUCUCCAUGGUCUUAAGGAUGUGGUACAGCUUGCUGCCCCAACCAUCCCUCCCAUGACCCGCUCACCGUUUUCCAACCUGAUUCCAGACUACGUUCUGACGGGACCUGAUUUCAGGAGCAUGGGACCCGGCGGCUACCUUUGCACCGGUUUCUGGGGCAACAAGUGGGACUUUAGGCUAGAACUUUCCUCUUGCGUCUGCUAACAGUAACCAUGAUAUGAGAUGGUGUCUGCUCUUUAUGUCGACACUCCCUUACGUUCCCAACCCCCCCCCCCCGACUACUAACUAGGAUUAGGGUUAGUUGUUGGCCAGGAUUAGGGUUAGGAAAAGACACUAGGGGUGUCGGAACAUAGGGUUGACAGAACUUAGGGAUGACAGAACAUAGGGAUGACAUAAUAUAGGGAUGACGGAACAUAUAUGGGGUGCAACCUCCUGAAAACAUUAUGUGGGUGAGUGUAUCCUCUUCAGUCAGAGUUGAUUAUGUCCUCCCCCAAAUAAAAAAAAUAAAUAAAAAUAAAAAAU